UAGGUAGUGGCAUGUCAACAAAGAUGUGGGAGGCCAGUGUGGAACAUGCAAAAACAUGUGUUCUAACUGACAAAGUGCAUCACUACUAUCCUGAUGGUCUAAACAAAGCUGGUGUUGUAUUCAAUGUAGUUGGAGAAGUAAGAGGGUUAAUAUCUGAUAAAUAUGUUUUUGUUGAUGACUUUACUGAAAAGGAGAAGGCCGAAGCACGUGCAGCAGUGAAGCAAGCAUAUGAACACUGGAAGGAUGUCCAUACUUGUGACAAUGAAACACUUGUGGAAAACCCUUCACAUCCAUUCAAUUUGGGAUCUCCAUCAUUGCAUGAAAAUCAGUAUAACCAGCUGCCCACACAAAUUCCUCCAUGA